GGCUCCCUCACGCAGCCCGGCAGCGGCGAUCGGCAGAGCCCUCCGCACCACGGCACCCCCGCCCCGCACGCCCACCGCCGGGAGGAUGGGCAGCGGGCGGCGGCACGGCAGCCCCCGUGCUCCCUGAAGCCGAGGAAACAAAGGGAGCGAAGCGGCAGCGAGCAGCCGGGCCGGGGUGGAUGCAAGCAACCAUGAAAGGCUGGGUCUCCGCCUCCUCCUCCGCUGCUGCCAGAGAGCUGCCGGCUGCUGCUGCUGCUGCUGCUCGGAGGACUACACUGUAAAGGGGGCGGAGGAGAGGCCGGCUGGGUUUGCCGUGCGAAGGUAGAAGGUGUAAGGGAAAGGCGGAAGGAAAAUGUCUUCUUCGGUGGGGCCCCGCGGCCCUCGCCCGCCCACGGUGCCCCCCCCAAUGCAGGAGCUGCCCGACCUGAGCCACCUGACAGAGGAGGAGAGGAACAUUAUCAUGGCAGUGAUGGACCGGCAGAAAGAAGAGGAGGAGAAAGAAGAGGCCAUGCUCAAGAGGUUGCAUCAACAAUUCGAGAGCUACAAGGAGCAAGUAAGAAAGAUAGGAGAAGAGGCUCGGCGUUACCAGGGCGAGCACAAGGACGAUGCUCCGACCUGCGGCAUCUGUCACAAAACGAAGUUCGCAGAUGGCUGUGGCCAUUUGUGCUCCUACUGCCGGACCAAGUUCUGUGCGCGCUGCGGCGGCCGCGUCUCCCUGCGCUCCAACAGCGAGGACAAAGUGUACAGGAAUACUGUCCCUACUCAUUGUGGAUCUCAUCCAUCAGUACCUGUAAGAGUCAUGUGGGUAUGCAAUCUGUGUCGAAAGCAACAGGAGAUCCUAACCAAGUCCGGAGCCUGGUUCUUCGGCAGCGGCCCGCAGCCCUCCCCCAGCCAGGACGGGACGCUGAGCGAUACGGCCACCGGGGGCGGCUCAGAUGCGCCCAGGGAAAAGAAAGCAAGGCUCCAAGAGCGCUCCAGGUCACAGACUCCCCUAAGCACAGCAGCUGCCUCAGCACAGGAGAUCUCUUCUUCCAGCGUGCAGCCCGACCGCAGGAAAGGAGCAGAAGUGUCGCAGCCAGCAAUGGGCCCGGACCAAAAGCAAGUUUCCUCGAGGUCUAGAAGUGAACCUCCAAGAGAGAGGAAGAAGACAGCAGUGGUCUCAGAGGCGAGCGGCAAAGGCUUAAAGAGCGAGCGCAAGCGCGUGCCCAAGCCCCCACUUCCCAAAGAAGCAGCGGCAGACGACAGAGAGCGCAAAGAACGGCACGAAGGUAGAAGGCUGGAGAAAGGCAAGUCACAGGACUACCCAGACGUGCCCGAGACACUUGAGGAAGGCAAAGUGCCUGAUGAUGACAAACAGAGGAAGGAAGAUGAAUUCCAUACCCGUUACAGGAGUGACCCCAAUCUGGCAAGAUACCCUGUAAAGCCUCCCCCUGAGGAGCAGCAGAUGCGCAUGCAUGCCAAGGUGUCUAAAGCGCGGCACGAGAGAAGACACAGUGACGUAGCUCUGCCGCACACAGAAGUGGAGGAGGAGGCGGAGGUACCUGAGAAUAAAUUAGGAAAACGCUCCCAGUUACAGGGAACUCAGGACAGAAAAGCUCUUGUGGAAACUCAGAGGUCGUACUCUAUAGACAGAACAGGUGAUGUAAGAAUUUCUGUUUCUAAACAAUUACCUACCCAUAGCCCACCAACUGCCAGGCGUAGCCCCGUUGCCGUAGAGCGCGUAGAGUACAAGAACCACGAGUCCUUUAGAAACCAGAGCCGCCUUGAUCCUAGCUCUGCUAUUCUCAUGCGAAAAGCAAAGCGGGAGAAAACGGAGACCAUGCUAAGGAAUGAUUCCCUUAGCUCCGACCAGUCGGAAUCAGUGCGGCCACCCCCUCCAAAGCCUCAUAGAGCAAAAAGAGGCGGAAAGAAAAGGCAGAUGUCAGUUAGUAGCUCAGAGGAAGAAGGGGCAUCAACACCAGAAUAUACUAGCUGUGAAGAUGUGGAGAUAGAAAGUGAAAGUGUCAGUGAAAAAGGUGACUUGGAUUAUUACUGGCUGGAUCCUGCCACGUGGCACAGCAGGGAGACAUCCCCCAUUAGUUCGCACCCUGUAACGUGGCAGCCUUCCAAAGAGGGAGAUCGCUUAAUCGGGAGGGUUAUUCUUAACAAGAGAACAACCAUGCCCAAGGAAUCAGGUGCAUUACUGGGGCUAAAGGUUGUUGGUGGCAAAAUGACAGAGCUGGGACGACUCGGUGCCUUCAUUACCAAAGUGAAGAAAGGUAGCUUGGCUGACGUGGUGGGGCAUCUCAGAGCAGGGGAUGAAGUUCUAGAGUGGAAUGGUAAACCCUUGCCUGGAGCUACAAAUGAAGAAGUUUACAACAUUAUUUUAGAAUCAAAAUCAGAACCUCAAGUUGAAAUUAUUGUUUCGAGGCCUAUUGGUGAUAUUCCACGGAUUCCUGAGACUUCUCACCCCCCGUUAGAGUCCAGUUCAAGUUCUUUUGAGUCUCAGAAGAUGGACAGGCCUUCUAUUUCUGUUAUAUCUCCAACCAGCCCUGGAGCACUGCGGGAUGCACCACAAGUCCUACCAGGGCAGCUUUCUGUUAAACUAUGGUAUGACAAAGUGGGGCAUCAGUUGAUAGUCAAUGUUCUGCAGGCAACAGAUUUGCCACCCAGAGUAGAUGGACGCCCCAGGAACCCCUAUGUAAAGAUGUAUUUUCUUCCAGACAGAAGUGAUAAGAGUAAAAGGAGGACCAAAACAGUAAAGAAAAGUCUAGAGCCAAAGUGGAACCAAACUUUUCUCUACUCCCAUGUCCAUCGUAGAGAUUUCAGAGAGCGAAUGCUUGAGAUAACUGUCUGGGAUCAGCCAAGAGUACAAGAAGAAGAGAGUGAAUUUCUUGGAGAGAUUCUUAUAGAGCUGGAGACAGCACUUUUAGAUGAUGAACCACAUUGGUAUAAGCUACAGACACAUGAUGAAUCUUCACUACCUCUGCCUCAGCCAUCACCUUUCAUGCCAAGAAGACAUGUUCAUGGUGGAGAGAGCACUAGCAAAAAAUUACAAAGAUCUCGGCCAAUCAGUGAUAGUGACAUCUCAGAUUAUGAUGUUGAUGAUGGUAUUGGAGUUGUUCCUCCAGUAGGUUAUAGGUCUAGUGCUAGAGAAGGCAAAUCCACCACGCUGACUGUGCCAGAGCAGCAAAGAACGACGCAUCACCGCUCACGAUCCGUAUCUCCUCACCGCGGCGACGAUCAGGGCAGGCCCCGUUCCCGUUUACCAAAUGUGCCAUUACAGAGGAGCUUAGAUGAAAUUCAUCAGAUGAGAAGAUCACGUUCUCCAACUAGACACCAUGAUGCCUCCAGAACUCCAGUUGAUUACAGAUCCAGAGACGUGGAUAGUCAGUAUUUGUCUGAUCAAGAAAGUGAGCUUCUUAUGCUGCCCAGAGCAAAACGAGGAAGAAGCGCAGAGUGCCUACAUACCAUCAGAAGUUCUGUUAGGCACUAUAAAACACUACCACCCAAGAUGCCUUUGCUAGAAAAUGGUACUCAUUGGAACCUCUACAGCUCAACUCUUCCUGCAUGUGCUAAGAGCCAACCUGUGAUUAGACAGGAUAUUUCACUCCUUCGAGAUUGCCUUAACUCACCAACACCGAAACUGGGAGGUGAUCUGCUGGUUAGUGAACUACAGCCCUCCCUUGACAGGGCUAGGAGUGCUAGUACCAACUGCUUGAGACCAGAUACUAGUUUGCAUUCACCAGAACGAGAAAGGGGUAGAUUGUCCCCCUCCCUAGAGAGGAGACGACCUACUAGUCCCAGGAUUCAUAUCCAGCAUGCAUCUCCGGAGGAUGACAGAACAAGGACGCUGGACUCUUGUGUUCCCAAACAGGACAGUGUAGACCACCUAAGUGCUCAACCUGGAGCAGCACAGAGGCAGGCCAGGAAAGUGGAGAGAUAUAGCAGCCAAAAACAAACUAGGAAAGGCUCCGCAGCUGAAACAGAAAGGAUACAUCAACAAGGGAGCCCCACACAGUCUCCUCCUGCAGACACCUCCUUCAGCAGUCGCAGGGGAAGACAACUCCCGCAGGUUCCAGUAAGAAGUGGCAGUAUAGAGCAAGCAAGCUUAGUAGUGGAGGAGCGAACGAGACAGAUGAAAAUGAAAAUGCACCGUUAUAAUCAGACGUCAGGGUCUGGCUCUAGCCAAGAACAUGAGCGUGAGCAAUAUACCAAGUAUAACAUACAAACAGAUCAGUACAGAAGUUGUGAUAACGUCUCUGCCAAAUCAUCAGAUAGUGAUGUCAGUGAUGUGUCAGCCAUUUCCAGAACCAGCAGUGCCUCACGCCUCAGCAGCACAAGUUUUAUGUCAGAGCAAUCUGAACGCCCUCGGGGCAGAAUCAGUACAUUUACUCCUAAAAUGCAAGGCAGACGGAUGGGGACUUCAGGGAGAAUCACUAAGAGCACAAGUGUGAGCGGAGAGAUGUAUAAGCUGGAGCACAAUGACGGGAGCCAGUCGGACACGGCUGUCGGCAUGGUUGGCACAGGUGGGAAGAAAAGGCGCUCCAGCCUUAGUGCCAAGGUGGUUGCCAUAGUGUCUCGAAGGAGCAGAAGCACAUCUCAGCUUAGCCAAACAGAGGCUGGCAGCAAGAAGCUCAAGAGUACGAUACAGAGAAGCACAGAGACAGGCAUGGCAGCAGAGAUGAGAAGCCGCAUGGUCCGGCAGCCCAGCCGAGAAUCCACCGACGGCAGCAUCAAUAGCUACAGCUCCGAGGGCAACUUAAUAUUUCCUGGAGUACGGCUGGGCGCUGACAGCCAGUUCAGCGACUUCCUCGACGGGCUGGGGCCUGCGCAGUUAGUGGGACGGCAGACGCUGGCAACCCCUGCCAUGGGUGACAUCCAGAUUGGAAUGGUGGAUAAAAAGGGCCAGUUAGAAGUAGAAGUCAUUAGAGCCCGUGGCCUCACACAAAAACCUGGCUCCAAGUCUACCCCAGCUCCCUAUGUCAAAGUGUAUCUGCUGGAGAACGGAGCGUGUAUAGCCAAGAAGAAGACAAGAAUCGCACGGAAGACCCUGGACCCUUUGUACCAACAGACACUUGUUUUUGAUGAUAGUCCACAGGGUAAAGUCCUUCAGGUAAUAGUGUGGGGAGACUAUGGCCGAAUGGACCACAAAUGCUUCAUGGGAGUCGCCCAGAUCCUUCUGGAGGAACUGGAUCUGUCCAGUGUGGUAAUAGGCUGGUAUAAAUUAUUUCCACCUUCAUCACUCGUGGAUCCAACCUUGACUCCCCUGACACGCAGGGCUUCCCAGUCAUCUCUGGAAAGUUCAACUGGGCCUCCCUGCAUUAGAUCCUAGUAGCAGGUGCUGUCUAUUGAAACAUCACCCAGGAUACCAAUGGGAACCAGACAAUUACACGGUGAAACAAACCCAAACCAAACCACUGUUGAAGAGAGACAAUCACUUCUGUUCCUGCUUGUAGUAGCUACCCCAAAAUACGUCUGUCUGCCGAGAGAUGGCUUAAGUUGGCAGAGCAAAGGUUUAUCACACACAGCCAAUCUAUUAGAGGCUAUCACCGAUGCUUAUCACCACCCCAAAAGUAAAGAGAGAGCGACCCUUAGAUUCCACCUAAGUCAAAGAUGACCCAAACUGGAAGCUCUCCCUCUGUUACCACCGUUGUCUUUCCCCCCUUUUGACAGAGCCCUCAAGCAGCGUUACCUUCCUGGUGUUUUCAGCAGGGUUUGCUCUUUCUUUUCUGUACUUGUUACUUUCACUGGUUUGGGUUUGGGGUUUUUUUUUGCAGUUGUUGUUGAUUUUUGGUUGCCAUUGCCACGUGAUCCUGCUAGUUUUGUCCUCACAACGCUAACAGAGACUCUUCUUUAUUUCUUCUUGUGAACCAAACUCCAAAGGGCUGAAGCACAUCUCUGUAAGCAUCGUUAAUAAAGCGUUCGGCAGCCAAUUCAAAUCCUUCCUCACUUCCUGGGCGCUUCCAAGUCCCUCAAGGAAGAACCCAGAACACCCAACCAAGCUAAGUUCAUACCCUUAAAAUAUAUAUAUCUCACAGUGCCAGCUUUUUUUCCCCUCCUUUUCUUUGUGAAAUAACAAAAUCAAGCAGAUCUGUUUGCAUUUUAUAGAAGAACUUUUCCGUUGAGGAUGUUUUGCAUGGAAGAACUUUGAAGAAUUCUGCAACUGGGGCCUGGGAAUGAAAAAAACAAUAAAAAACAAAGCAGCUUUAGUCUUCAUUUUUGGGGUUGUUUUUUUUUUGACCUGUUACUGGUAAUGCAACAUUUUCCCCUCCUAGAAACGGAGAGGAAAGCUUUACCUUUCUGUGUAUAGAUGUACAUUUGACCUCCCUGAAGCGUUGACCGGGGAUGGAUUGAGCGUAGGACACUUCUCAGCUGCACCCAGGGGCUCCUCUUGGCUUGCCCCCAACCCCAGGGCUUAGGAGCAUGGUGUGAGCCGUUCGGUCUUUGCGCUGGGCUGUUCCAGCUGAAAAAAUCUUCUGCACUUCACUGAGGUUUUUAAAUCUGGGUUUGAGUUUACAUUUCUUUGAGAUGGAUGCAAGCACAAGGCUUGGUUUUUUAACGCCAGAGAGCUGACUUUUUUUUUUUGGAGUAAAAAAAAACAAAAAGGAAAAAAAAAAAGGAUCAAAAAACCAAACAAAUGACCAAAAAAAAAAAGAAGAAGAAGAAGAAGAAAAUAAAUAUAUAGAGAGAUAUAUAUAUAUAAGGUCUGGUUUCGAUUUGCUUUUUCUUCAGUUGAGUUCUUCUUGGCCUUGGAAACAAAAGGAAAACCACCACAAAGCAAAAGAAACACAGGAAGAAAACAAAGCCCCUUGUGAUAUUCUGUACAUGUGCAAAACAAACCCAAAACAUCCCAACUGCAGAUUUCUGCAGGUGCAUUGAGAUAUUUCCUCCCUCCCCCCCCCCUCACCCUCCUCCUUUUCCUUUUACAGGCCAUUGGAUUUUUUGUUCUUUCUCUUUUUUGGUGACCACACCAAUGGAGCAGCAUGACUUGGAACUGUUUCAAAGCCGCAUGCAAAGUUUUGUAUGAAAACCAAACAAAAAACCCACCACAAACAAACAGCAGCAACAAACCAACGACAACAGCAACAGAACAAAACAAAACAAAACAAAACAAAAAAAAAAGAGAUGAAAAAACAAAAAAGCCAAAAAAAAAACACCCGAGAGAGAAAAGGUCAUUUACUAAUGUAUGUUAGUUCCACAUAGGCCAGCUUGUAUGUUGCAUGUACUUGUACAGUUUGCUCGUAAUGACUAUACUGAAGUUAACCAAGAAAUCUAAGCCAUCCAUUUUUUCUUAUUAUAGGCAUUUUGCAGGUUUUAGCCAGGCUAGGUCUGUUGAGUCUGGUGCUAAAUGUCUAUAGAUGGACUUUAUUUUUUAACCCUCUGGAGAAAAAAAAAAAAUACAAAACAAAAAAAAACAACACCCAACCUGAUGUAGUAUGGACCAAAUUCCUUCGACUAAUAACUCUUUUUGGUGUAGAUUCCUACCGUGGGGCUGUAAGACAUGUAGAAACUGUGUACACACUAGGUUUUAAUCCAUAGACAUACUGCCUGCACCGAGUGAACUAUUUAUUCUUACUCAACACGUGGGAAUUAACUCUGCCCAGCUUUCCAUGGGGCACAGAUUGGUUACUGCUCGACCUGCUGAGCAGGAAGAACUCAAGCAUUGGUGCACUACUACUAGAUCCUGUUCUGUCUUAGUGGCCAAAAGGAAAACCCAACCGACUAGGUAUAAUUGGAUAGCAUCUUUCUAUUUGGACCACUUGUCUUAACACUUUCCCCCUCCCCACCCUGUGCUUUUAAAUGAACUUCCAACUCAUGUUCUGUAAACAUGUUUAAUAAAAUUUCCUUUUCAUGUCCA